GUAGUAACAAUGCUUUAUAUGAAUCAAGGUCACAUUGCCUUAGUUUGGUGUCUUGAUUUUGGCUCUGAUUCCCUGCUUUAUAGGGAUAUUUGUUGAUAAAGGACUACCUAAUACUAAGUAUGCAUGCAACUAUGGUACAGUCAGAGCAUCUUACCAAAGUAAUAUGAACAUUCAAAACCACAUUUCCAAUGCAAAUCAUCAUCAACUACCCAUUGUGCCUAUUGUAACAAUCAGGUUUUUGCACAAGAUAUGACUUGUGAGUGGUAAAUGCAGGAAGAAAUAGUGAAAAAAACUGUGAAAACCAGUAGACAUCUCUGCAAAACCAGGAACUGAUAACAUCCUGCUCAUGUAACUCAAUAAAAAAGCAUAUAAUCAAAACUGAAAAGACUGAAAAUGACAAAGUUGAAUACAGAAAUAUGAAAAGUUCAUGUCAGAUAUUUUUCUGCAAAAGCUUUGGAGAUGGUGCCUAUUCUGCUGUUUUCGCCCAGAAUCACAGCACCACUCGCCAGCUGCCAUGGAGUACUGGCUCAUUUCUGCCCCCGGUGAGAAGACCUGCCAGCAAACCUGGGAGUCACUGCAAAAUGUUACCGCCAAACAAGGAGACCUCUCGACUAACUGGAAGUUCCAUAUUCCAGACCUGAAGGUCGGCACUCUCGACCUUCUGGUCGGUCUCUCCGAGGACCUCGGCAAGCUGGACUCCUUCGUCGAGCAGGUGAUGAAGAAGGUCUCCAACUACCUGGGUGAUGUGCUGGAGGACCAGCGCGACAAGUUGUCGGAGAACCUGCUGGCCAACGGGGUUGACCUGGCCACGUACAUCACCCGCUUCCAGUGGGACAUGGCCAAGUACCCCACGAAGCAGUCGCUCAAGAACAUCUCAGACAUCAUCAGCAAGCAGGUGUCGCAGAUCGAGAGUGACCUCAAAAUCAAAUCCAACACCUACAACAAUCUGAAGAGCAAUCUGCAGAACAUUGAGCGCAAACAGACGGGCUCUCUGCUGACGCGAAACGUGGGCGACCUGGUGAAGAAGGAGCAGUUUGUGCACAACUCCGAGUACCUCACCACGCUGCUCGUGGUCGUGCCCAAGAUGCACUAUCAGGACUGGCACAACAAGUACGAGCGUCUGACGGACAUGAUCGUGCCGCGCUCCACCCAGCUGGUGUUUGAAGACAACGACCACGGCCUCUUCACGGUGUCGCUGUUCAAAAAGGUGGUGGACGAGUUCAAACAGAAGGCCCGGGAAAACAGGUUCGUGGUGCGCGACUUCACCUACAACGAGGAGGAGCUGGCGGCCGGCAACAACGAGUACUUCAAGCUGGCCUCGGAGAAGAAGAAGCAGCUCGGCCCGCUGGUGCGCUGGCUCAAGGUCAACUUUGGCGAGACGUUCACCGCCUGGAUCCACAUCAAGGCGCUACGGGUGUUUGUCGAGUCGGUGCUACGGUACGGCCUACCGGUGAACUUCCAGGCAAUGCUGCUGCACCCGCAGAAGAAGAACCACAAGCGACUGCGGGAGGUGCUCAACCAGCAGUACGCCCACCUCGACUCCACGGCGUCGUCCGGAGACAAACACGACGUGAUGGACAUGCCCGGCCUCGGCUUCGGCACCGGCGAAUAUUACCCCUACGUGUACUUCAAGAUAAAUAUCGACAUGGUUGAAAGAAUCUAGAGACUAGUGUGUGCUGAACGCGUGCUAGCUGAUGUAUAUUGAGCGCGUUGUGCUGUAAAUACGUGCAUGAACGCCGUCAAUGGAAUCCAUAUGUAAUCUAUGUGGUGGAUGAUUUGCCACGAAUGUGCAACGUUGAGUAGAUGGCCAUAGGUGGCCAAAUGUUGUUUACUUAUUCGGGAAUAUUAUAAUUGAACAUUUGAGACAUUUUACCGAAGUUGUUCGGUUCGAUUAGACAUUCCAAUUUGCGUCUGGCAGCGGGCCGGGUUGGUGCCAUUCCUGACGGUCGACGUCGCCACUAGCAGUUGUCCUCGCAUGCCUUGCAUGAUGGUGGCAGGUGGCGCUACGUGUGGUCAGUAGAGUGCAUAUAGAUGGCGCUGCAGUCGUACAAUCAGCCGCCGAGCGCCGCCCAGCUGUGUUACCGUUUUGUAGGUGUGUGGAUGGAGGGAAGCGAGAGAUAUCCGUGCCGGUGCGUCGUCAGUGAUCGUGUGUAUCCAAAUACGCGAAAUAAACUGUACAUUGUAUGUCCUGAAGGCC